AUCAAGCAAAGUUGUCAUCAGGUGAAAUGGUAGCUGUGAAGAAACUCCACCAACUACUUGACAAUGAGAAAAGAUCCCAAAAGGCAUUCUUAAAUGAGAUAAAGGCAUUAACAGAAAUACGACAUCGAAAUAUUGUCAAACUUCAUGGCUUCUGUUUGCAUGCUCGACAUUCAUUUUUGGUUUAUGAAUAUCUAGAAAUGGGUAGUUUGGCAAGAAUGUUGGAGAUUGAAGAAUAUGCUAAAGAAUUUGACUGGAGUAAGAGAUUGAAUGUUGUCAAAGGUGUGGCUUAUGCCUUGUCUUACAUGCACCAUGAUUGCUCACCACCAAUAAUUCAUCGGGAUAUCAAAAGUAACAAUAUCUUGUUGGAUUCUCAGUGUGAGGCCCAUGUUUCAGAUUUUGGUACUGCUAAGAUUUUGGACCUAAAUUCAUCCAAUUGGACUUCCCUUGCAGGCACAUAUGGAUAUAUAGCACCAGAACUUGCUUAUACAAUGAAGGUAACUGAGAAAUGUGAUGUAUAUAGCUUUGGUGUGUUGUCAUUAGAAGUGAUAAUGGGAAAGUAUCCGGGUGAUUUCAUUUCCUCAGUUAAGUCAUCUGAUCCAUCAGUUGAGAUGGGCAUUCAACUGAAAGAUGUGUUGGACCAACGCCUUCCAUUUCCAACGCCCCAUGUUAAGGCCGAGCUCAUAAGAGUUGCAGAGAUUGCUACUGAAUGCUUAAAUUACAUUCCAAAAUCCAGGCCGACUAUGCACAUGAUUUCUAAAGUGUUAGCAGCGGCCCAAGCCCCAAACUGCAUUGGGUUAAUUCCAAAGGACCUUGGAAAGUUGACUUCUCUGGAGAAGUUGUGGUUGAAUGGAAAUCAUCUCUCUGGUGCUAUACCUGUAGAAUUCGAGUCAUUGACCAAUCUCGAAUUUCUAGACAUAUCCUCGAACAAAUUGUGCAUGUCACUUCCUCGUAAUCUUGGGAUCGGCUUCUCAAAAUUGAACUACUUGAAUUUAAGCCAUAACAAUUUCAGUGAAGAACUUCCUAUCUUGCUUAUGAGCUUAUUUCAUCUCUCCAAACUAGAUUUAAGCUAUAACUCUUUGACUGGAGAGAUACCGUCAGAAAGCAGCAAAAUGCAAAGCUUGGAGGUGCUCAAUCUCUCUCACAAUCAUCUUUCUGGCAUUAUUCCAACUACCUUUGAAGAAAUGCAUGGCUUGUUGCAUGUUGAUGUAUCCUUCAAUGAGUUACACGGCCUCAUUCCCAACAACAACGCAUUUUUAGAUGCUCCCUUGGAAGCCUUGCAAGAUAACAAGGGAUUAAGAAAGAAACAUCGAUAUCCCCAUUUAGAACAAGGCGACAAGCAUGAAAGAGGAUCUCUUUUUGUGUCAAGCAAUUUCGAUGGAAGAGAAAUGUAUGAAGAGGUCAUAAGAGCAACCGAAACGUUUAAUGACAUAUAUUGCAUUGGGAAAGGAGGAUAUGGAACAACAUAUCAAGCAAAGUUGUCAUCAGGUGAAAUGGUAGCUGUGAAGAAACUCCACCAACUACUUGACAAUGAGAAAAGAUCCCAAAAGGCAUUCUUAAAUGAGAUAAAGGCAUUAACAGAAAUACGACAUCGAAAUAUUGUCAAACUUCAUGGCUUCUGUUCGCAUGCUCGACAUUCAUUUUUGGUUUAUGAAUAUCUAGAAAUGGGUAGUUUGGCAAGAAUGUUGGAGAUUGAAGAAUAUGCUAAAGAAUUUGACUGGAGUAAGAGAUUGAAUGUUGUCAAAGGUGUGGCUUAUGCCUUGUCUUACAUGCACCACGAUUGCUCACCACCAAUAAUUCAUCGGGAUAUCAAAAGUAACAAUAUCUUGUUGGAUUCUCAGUGUGAGGCCCAUGUUUCAGAUUUUGGUACUGCUAAGAUUUUGGACCUAAAUUCAUCCAAUUGGACUUCCCUUGCAGGCACAUAUGGAUAUAUAGCACCAGAACUUGCUUAUACAAUGGAGGUAACUGAGAAAUGUGAUGUAUAUAGCUUUGGUGUGUUGUCAUUAGAAGUGAUAAUGGGAAAGUAUCCAGGUGAUUUCAUCUCCUCAGUUAAGUCAUCUGAUCCAUCAGUUGAGAUGGGCAUUCAACUGAAAGAUGUGUUGGACCAACGCCUUCCAUUUCCAAUGCCCCAUGUUAAGGCCGAGCUCAUAAGAGUUGUAGAGAUUGCUACUGAAUGCUUAAAUUACAUUCCAAAAUCCAGGCCGACUAUGCACAUGAUUUCUAAAGUGUUAGCAGCGGCCCAAGCCCCAAACUGCAGUCUCCAGCUAGAGCCAUCUUUUGAAUGA